UGAAUAAGUACGUGUGCAGUCUUCAUUUUGCUGUGCAGUGUUUUACUUGAAUCAAAGAUUAAAAACAGCGAUAAAAGAAAUUAGAAAGAUAUGCGCGGUGUUGGGGUUUUCACCCUACUCAUCGUCACUCUUUGGCAAUUGUCUCCAGUAGAAGGAAACAAUGGAGAGGAAAUUGAAUACAUCUUCUAUUCAAACGCCACUCACAUUUCCUAUGUUUCUAUUGAUGGUGGAGAAUCUAAAGCCUUGGUGAAGACACCAAGCGCGACCCUUUCUUACGACAAACUUAACUACCGUCUUUGGUAUUAUAAGGACGGUGAGAAACUGUACAACUCAAAUUUGGAUGGGAGUGAUUUGAAAAAUGUUUCGGUUCCAUCAAAUUUCGGUCCCUUUGCUGUUGAUGCAGCGAAUCAAAGUGUCUAUUAUCUCACGAAGUCUGAUUUUAACCUUAAAUUGCUUGACUAUGAUGGGAACGACUUACCAGAUAUUGGUGUAUCACCAGACAAUGAUUUCAGGGAUUUGCAAAUCGACACCCAUGACAGAUCAAUAUUUUUCACCACUGAUCUUACGAACAGUCGAAAUCUCAUCCGGUACAGUCUCGCUGAUGGAACUGAUCAAACUCUUCACUCUGGUGUUCCUGGAAUAGGCACUCAUCUUGCGCUCGAUACCGUGAAUAAAACCGUAUAUUGGAUUCUAUUUACUGCUGAGGAAGAUUACAAGAUAUUAAAAACAACGUACGAUGGUCAGACUACACAGAUAGGAACAGAUCAAUCAGGAAGUAUUACAACAGUGGACAUAUCAGAAAUUGAUAAAUAUAAUAAAUCGACAGAUACAUUGGCUACUACGAUUUCACUUUCAACUGAAGCAACAAGAAUUAUUGUUGUAUCUGAUAAAGACCAUUGUGCUUUGAAUAAUUCCUGUCCUGCAAACUCGACAUGUACGAACUCUCCUGGCACCAUUGUAUGUUCAUGUGACACUGGAUUCACUGGAAAUCAAACAUAUUGCCAAGAUAUCGAUGAGUGUUUAAAUAAUCCAUGUGGAUACAAUACAAACUGCACAAACACCUUUGGUUCUUACAUUUGUAAAUGUCAAACAGGAUAUGAGGGAAAUGGAACAAAUUGUACAGAUAUUGAUGAAUGUUUGGCUAACCCAUGUGGUUUCAACGCAAACUGUACAAACACUGGUGGUUCGUACCUUUGUGAAUGUAUAUCCGGGUAUGAAGGAAAUGGAACAAAUUGUACAGAUAUUAAUGAAUGUCUGGCAAACCCUUGCGAUGUUAAUGCAAAUUGCACCAAUAACGAUGGUUCGUAUGACUGCACUUGUCAUGUGGGAUACGAAGGCAAUGGCACAAUUUGUUCAGAUAUCAAUGAAUGUGAAAUGGAUCCAUGUGGUUUUAAUUCCAACUGCACAAACACCAAUGGCUCGUUUAUGUGUGAAUGCCAAACUGGAUUUGAAGGAAGUGGAAUAAAUUGUACCGACAUAGAUGAAUGUCAGUCAUCCCCUUGUGGUUACAAUGCAAAUUGCACCAACAUUGUUGGUUCUUAUGAGUGUGAGUGCAAGACUGGAUAUACAGGAAAUGGAACAAAUUGUACAGAUAUCAAUGAAUGUCAAACAAAUCCUUGUGAUGGAAAUGCAAAUUGUACUAAUAAAGAUGGCUCAUAUGUAUGUACCUGCCAAAAAGGUUAUUCUGGAAACGGCGCUAGCUGUACAGGGUAA